AUGAGCCUUCGUACGGCCCUCGUAGCGGCUCUCUCAACGAGUCUGUGCUGCAGCCUUUUGGCUGUUGGCUCUUCAGACGCGAAUUCUCCUUCUCUCGCUUCAGGCCUUGUGCCUUCUGCAGGUGAAGCAGCAGAUGAUGCUUCUCUGCAGCAAGAAGCUGCUUCAGAGCAGGUUGGGGAUAAGCCCAUAGGGGAACAACUCCUCGAGGGAGAAGAAACCCUUGAGGAAGAACAACAACCCAAUGAGGGCCCCGAUAGUUCUUCUAGCAAUGGGCUCCCUCUUCUCUGCUGUCGCUCUAUGGCGCAAGACGAGCGAGCUGUACCACAGCCCCACCCAAGCCCUCCGAAAGGCAAAGAUGAGGAUUUUAGAGCAAUGGGCUCCCUCUUCUCUGCUGUCGCUCUUUGGCGCAAGACGAGCGAGCUGUACCACAGCCCCGCCCAAGCCCUCCGAAAGGCAAAGAUGAGGAUUUUAGGUCAGGUGCCGCAUUCCUGGGAUGACUACGUACGAGGGUUGCCGGUGCUGGACGAGUUAGAGUUUCCUGAGAUUCGUCCUUUAUUGAAACGUUUAGAUAAGAAACCUGUGGUGUUGAUGUCUAUGCCGAAGCCACGUGCCCGUCUUGCUUCUUUUUUGGGGUUGACAGAGGAGCAGAGAGAAGAAGGAAUUGUUAUUAAGGGGAAAUCUACUGCUGGGUGUAGCCCCAAAGAAGUAGCGUUUGAAUUGUUUGCUCACGAGAGGCUGGCAAAGGGGUUACCUUUGUCGCUUCCUGCUUUGGGGGCUUUCAGGGAUAUAGAUGGCAGUACACUCUACCUUAUAACACCAAGGGCCCGUGCUGAUGUUUCUCUUUAUACAAGACGCAUGCCAGAGAAGGUCUUUGAUUAUAAAACAGAUGUGUUUGCCCUCGGGGUCACCUUCAGAGAAAUGUUAGAAUGGAUGGGGAGUUUACCUGUACCCCAUAGAGAUCUAGCAGAGGAUCUAAUUAAACAUAUGACGGAUGCUGAUACAAGAAAUAGAUACGAUCUGCCUCAAUGCAUGCAGCAUCCAUAUUUUGAAGGAAUUGACUUUGAACUUGUUGAAAAAAAAAUGUACGGGAAGGCAUUUGAGGGGAAUUACCAGACGCCAUACAAGUUUCUUUGA